AUGGCUAAUUUCUUCAUGGAAUAUCUAGAAAAAACGGCUUUAAACUCUGCCACCCACAAACCCUCCCAUUGGGGUUCCGCUAUGUAUCUCCACGCCGACUCGAACCAUCAUCCAGCUCAAAAAAAUAGCAUUAUGAAAACACUCUUCCACAGAGCUAAAUCAAUCUCAUCCGCCGACUCCAUUCAUCAAGAAAUAACUCACCUAAAACACAUAUUCCAAGCCAACGGUUAUAAUAGACGGUCAAUAGAAAAAGCCUUAUCCCCCACCACCAAAAAACCAAAACCCAACAACACUGACCGAAAUCACAAACACAAUAAUAAAGUGUUCCUACCCUACAUAAAGGGAGUCACAGACAAAAUAGCCAAAUUGCUAACCAAAAGGAACAUCUCCACAGUGUUCCUUCCCACUGCAAAAAUCGCCAACUUAUUAAACAACCCAAAAGACAUCCUCCCACCUACAGAUUACCCAGGAAUAUACAAAAUCCCAUGCCACUGUGGAAAAGUCUAUAUUGGCAUGACGUCCCGCUCAGUUCGUGCUAGAACAAAGGAGCACGAACGUCAUUUAAGGCUAAGCCAACCGGACAAAUCAGCGGUGGCGGAACACGCCAUCGCUGAAAAACAUAACAUUGAUUUUCAAAAAACAUCAGUACUGAUAAAGAACCCCGAUCCCUCACAUCUACCAUUUCUGGAGGCCAUAGAGAUCCUGAAACACCCGUUAAAUUUCAACAGGGACUCCGGGACACAACUCAAUCCCAUAUGGUCCCCCCUCUUAAAAAUAACGAACUAA